GUGGUGGCGGCACCCAUAUUUCAACCUAGCCCUCAUUUCCACCGCUCCAGAAAUCACGACUUCCGUAGCUUUCUUACCUCGGCAAAAUUGACUCUGAUUUCCUCUUGGUAGCAGUGCAUUGCCUUCCAGGGUAUUUUCGCCAUGGAUGUGAAACCCAAUUUCCCAAUGCAAUUCCAGCAACAGCAGCUUCCGCAACUACAGCAACAGCAGCAGCAGCCGGAGCCUCAAGCUGCAUCAACUCCGAGUACGAGCGCAGGUCAGCCGGCCGAGGCCCCGCCAAAGCAGGUAGCGUUGGCCAUGGACAGGCUAGCCCAGGCUGCGCGGCUAAUUGCUGAUGUGAGGAUCGGCGGUGACCGGCUUCUCGAGGCGUUGUUCUUCGCCGCCCAGUCUCACCAAAGCAACAAGACCUUGCAGUUUUUGCUCAAGGAAGAUGCUAGCAUGCGCCAGCACCUCCAGGACCUGCGCACUGUUGGAAGACAGCUAGAGGAAACUGGGGUUCUCAACGAUUCCAUGAAAUCUAGGGGUAAUUCUUGGGGUUUGCAUAUACCAUUAGUGUGUCCAGAUGGCGCAGUUGUUGCUUAUGCGUGGAAACGCCAACUAGCUGGGCAAGCUGGUGCAUCUGCUGUGGACAGAACCAGGUUAGCUCUUAAGGCAUUUGCUGAUCAGAAAAGAAGAUUCUUUCCACACCUUGAAGAUGAAUCGGAAGAUCAAAGUACAGAGCCAGGUUCUAAGAAACUUUGUAGGCGUCAGGCACCACUAACAAGUCAGCUAGACGAACUUGGAGAUUUCAAGUCUGUUGCUGAUGUCCUAGCAAGAUUGGAAAAGGAGGUCCCCAACGUAAAAGUUCUUACAUACCAACGCCGGGAUUGGUUGAAAAGAGCUUCUUCUUUACCGAGUUCGGGAAAUGAGAAUUCAAUUGAAUCACCAAAAGAGCAAAGUUUUCACAGUUUAAAUAAAAUGAGAGCAGGACCACAGGCUGCAGUUGCCUCUGAAAGGGCUUCUGUUAUUGAAAUAUCGUUUCCUUGUACCUUCAGAGCUGUAGUAUCAUUGCAUCCUGCUGGGUCAAUCGAUCCAGAUGCAGUUGCAUUCUUUUCCCCUGAUGAGGGAGGCAGCUACAUGCACGCCAGAGGUUCUUCCAUCUAUCAUGUAUUCAGACAGAUCACGGAGCAUGCCGGUAUAGGUUUGCAGCAUUUUCUUGGAGUCGGGAGCGAAAUUGCCCUGUACUUUCUUUUGGUAAUAUCAUGGUUAUCAGAACUCAAAUUUGGUUCUUCCUUGAUUGACUCCAUUUUAAUUGCUAAACGGUGCAUUUGUUUUCCACCUCCCUGUUCCUUUUCUUUCUGAAGAAUUGGAUAUGCAGCUACCAGACAUUAUUUACCAAAGUUUGCAGUAAAUGUGGGAAGCUAUUAGCAGCAGAUCGAAAAUCCUCGGCGAUACUACCUCCAGUCCGUCGUUCUUUCCGACAGUUCUACCCUGUUAGGGAAUCGUCAGCUGAAGCCAAUUCAUCAACCAAGGACCAAGUUUUCGAGAUCCCAGGAGCUUAUCAUAUAGGAUGCUAUACUGAUGAGUUGUAGUUUUGAUUAGGCCCAAUGCGUAUGUUAAUACAUACUCUGACCCUCCCAUCUUCUUUCCUUAGGAUUUAGGCAUUUUGAUCACGAGGAGAAAUGGUGUGCUUCUUCUUCUUCUUUUAAUUCCAAUAGUUUGCUAGGGAAUGUUCAAACAAACCAUGAGCUGUGUAAAAAGGCCCGUUGCCAACAUGUUAUCUGAUUUGGAGUCCUUAGACCUUCUUCAUAGUUCAUCUCAAGGAUUGAGCCCUACCCAGUUUAAGCUCAAAACAAA